AUGGCUCAGCGACAGUCCCUGACUGACGACGAAAUUAAUAGAUUCAUCCAUGAUUUGGAUCACGAUGACAACGGCAGGAUCGAUUACUGGGAGUUAGAGCGGAAACUGGACGAGGUCCACAAGGAGAUCGCACCAAAAGCACAAUUACAUCACCUUCACCAUGCAUCACGAAACGAGGCCCGGCAUGAGUUCCUUCGGAGCGUCAUCGGAACUCGCGAGGACAACAUUGACGACUCAAAGUUCGCAGAAAGUGUGAGAAAGUGGGAUAUUCCUUCGCUGGAGCAAGAUCGCAAAGAAGCAAAGAAGGAAGAUGACUAUUGGAAACAGAUGUCGAUCUACAGACGAGCGCGCGCCUAUUGGGCCGUCAAAGGACCUGAAAUUGCGUUUCUGGGUCUCGUCGCAGCCUUCAUGACUGCGUUUGGCGUGUGGCAGCUCGUCAAAUACACCACGUACGAUGAGUACACCCCAGCAUUUGGUUGGGGCGUGGUCCUAUCAAAGACAUGCGCGGGUGUGCUCUACCCUACAUUCUUCUUCCUCAUACUAUCCAUGUCGCGGUGGCUGUCGACCUUCCUUCGACGCUUCUACUUCAUCUCCCGUUUCAUCAACUGGGAUCUCUCACAAUCAUUCCACAUUAAGAUGUCUAUUGUUGCCCUGUUCUUUGCAACGUUACAUGCUAUCGGCCAUCUUUCUGGAUCAUUCGUAUUCGGAAGCAUGGCUCAUCGACAAGAUAGUGUUGCUGUCGUACUCGGUGCUGAUGCGGUCCCACGUUCCUACAUCGACUAUGUAAAGACUUUACCCGGGUGGACGGGUCUUACGGCUAUCAGUUGCUUCUACCUUUUGACCGCAAUGAGCAUGCCUCAAGUGCGCAAGUGGAGCUACGAAGUCUUCCAGCUUGGCCAUCUUCUCAUCUUCCCUAUCAUUGGUCUCAUGAUUGCGCACGGUACUGCCGGUCUCCUGCAGUGGCCCAUGUUCGGCUACUGGCUCGCGGUUCCUACACUGUUUGUCAUCUUCGAACGCACCUGGCGGGUUGUCCUAGGCUUCCGCCCCAUCGACGCUGAGCUCGAGUUGUUGGACGACGAGACCACGGUUAUUAGUGCUCACGUUCCUCACAAGAGGCCCUGGGACUACAAAGCUGGGCAGUAUGUCUUUGUCCAGGUGCCGCAGCUCUCUCGCUGGCAAUGGCAUCCGUUCACUGUUUCAACUUGCGUCAAUAACCGGAUGCAAGUGCACAUCAAAGCGGACGGUGACUGGACAAAUGAGCUACGGGAUAUCGCCAAGAAAGCUGGCAAGAAGCAGUCGAUCAAGAUUGGUCUCGACGGCCCUUUCGGCGCUCCUGCGCAACGAUUCCAUGACUACGACUAUAGUAUGGUCUUUGGAGCUGGUAUCGGCGUCACACCCUUCUCGGGUGUCUUGACCGAUCUUCAAUAUCACGAGCUUCAGCGUGUGGCGACGAACGAAAAUUCUACCGAAUCCGGCUACGAAAGCGGCAAGGGCCCUUCGCCUUACGAAGACCAUCGACGUGUUGACUUCCACUGGAUGGUUCGCGAUAAGAACAACUUACUCUGGUUCUCUGAUCUCCUGAAUGAGGUUACUCGUGCCAAUGAACUCGACCGUUCGCACCUUGACAUCCGCAUCCGUACCUACGUCACCCAGAAGCGAAAGCAAAUCUCUGAACACGUAUUCAGAUGGCUACUCGAAAAGCACAGGACCGACGAGCACCCACAAUCCCCGAUUACUGGACUCUGCAAUCCCACAAACUUCGGUCGUCCGGACAUCCCCUUGAUUAUGGAAGAGCAUUACACAGAUAUGUGCAAGGUUUUGGGCAAGAGGCUACAGGAGAAGGACUCAAAGAAGAAAGAUGAAGUCAACGUUGGCGUGUUCUUCUGCGGACCACCUGUCAUCGGUCAGCAGAUUGCGGAUCAGUGUUCACAGAUGAAUGCAAAAGCACGGAAUGAAGGGAGGAAGAUCGAAUACCGAUUCAUGAUUGAAGUCUUUGGUUGA